AUGGAUACAGUAAUGUCAAGCUCCAAGUUUGAGCAAAGUCAGUCUGAAAAUCUUCAGGAUUCGCUGGAUUUGCUGAAUUCUCUGAAUUCUCUGAACUCUUUGAACUCGGUGGAUUCCCUCGACACUUUGGGCACAAUAGACUCUCUGAAACCUCGUUGCUUGCUCCAAGGUGAAAUUUCCUACUCUGACGCCAGAGAGGAUGAUGCGAAUAUCCUUCAUCAGUUGAGCUAUAUUGACCAAAGGAGCAAAUUUUUUGAUUACAUUUCCCGAAAUCGACUACGAAUUCAAUCCAUAGUUGCCCACCAUCUCGGCCUCGCUUCUGAACUAUGUCAUGUUGUUGAUGAACAGGAUUGGAUAUGUGGGAGCUUCAAUGUUUGCAUACGAGUUGAUAUUGGGGGCCAAGAACGAAGUGUUGAUGAUGACCAAGAACAAUAUCCGGAAAAGCAGCUGAUGAUUCGCUUUCCGUUGCCAUAUCGGAUUGCUGAGAGUUGCUGUCCAGGUAAUUCAGAUGAGAAGGUCCGCUGUGAAGCUGGGACAUAUGCCUGGCUUGAAGAGAAUUGCAAAACUCUGCCGAUUCCACAGCUUUAUGGCUUUGGUCUAUCUAGUGGAGAAACUGUAUGCAUCUGA